UUGUGCGUUAGGCGUUCACGCGUCGUUAGUUCAAAGCAAAAACUCAUCGACGUACAAGCCUCUCCGGCGACAACGCGUUCACCAACGGCUACACCGCUACUCUGUAAGACCGACGUUGCUGAGGAGAAGACCGUCGUCUAUCGUUGCGGCAGAAGCGAACGCAGCAGCACCGAGAAGAGACCAAUGAUCCAGCGACCAACAACAAGUCACUGACGAGAGAAAAUUUCACGCCAAGAGACACUUGCUUGCGAUACAGACAAUUCCGCGCGAAGCGCUUGACACUCUCUCCUUCGCCAAACGACGACGACAGUUGAUCUCGACGGGGAGAAACACCAUGGAUCUCGUCUACGUGCCGGAAGUGUUCACUUACGGCUACUCGAGAAAUCCGCAGUACCGCGACUACGAGCAGCCGUGGAACAAGAACUACUUCGGAGCUACCGGUGGUAAAGUGGCGGAGAAGCAACGAAGCUCAGAGAAAUUGUCCAAGGAGAAAUGUCACUUGUGCAAGGAGAUGAAGCGACGAAAUCUGGCGGUUUACAUCAGGAACAAGCGAAGCAACUCCUACAACGAGGAGAUCGAAGAGGAGGAGGAGCACGACGCGACGAAACACGACGAGAAGAACGGCCGGGAAACUGCCGACCAAGGUAAAUCCGCGAAAUCCAAAACAGACAAGAUGCAGAAAUCGUAGCUCUUUAAGCGCGUCGCAACAUGGGACACAAUCUACUGUAACACAUCAUUAUGUUUUAUAUAAUAUUUGAUAUUGCUAAAGCGUUAGAUGUAACAUGUACAAUGUAAAUACACUCAACGAAGAUAGUUUAGGGCGAUGUUAAAAAAAAAAAAAAACGCGCAUUAGAUACGUCGUACAUUUUUACCGCUCGUUUAUCGCUUGACUGAAUAACGGAAUGCCGCAGCGUUUCCGUUAUUCACUUUGUCCGGCAGUGACUCAUUAAAAAAUUUAUAGUUCCCGCAACGUAUAUUGCAGAUUUUUCGGAACGCAGAUAAGUCGAGGACACGCGAAAAAAAAAUAAAUAACAGUAAGCACAACUCGGUCACGGCUCCGCAAUUACGGGACGUUCUAGAACAUUCUCUCCAAAACACGCGCUUGGUGAUUGGUCAAUUAACUUCAUUCAUUGGUCAUUAACCGAUCAUAUUUAAUAAGUUUUCACUGUGUGUCUCCGACCGCGUGUAUUUUUAUUGUAACAAAAACUAUCUCGAUGUAAAACGCGAAUGUUAAAUACGGUACGUCAAUCACAAGAUGUUAGGCGUCAUCAUGUCGUCGCCGCCGCGUAGGUGUUACCUUGAUUCGCGUAAUCGAAACAUUUGAAAAGGUAAAGUGAAGGAUAACAAUGCUAAUUCUGACGAACCUGUUUACUUAAAGAGAUAAUACAUAUAUAUAUAUAUAUAUAUGUAAGUUUUAAGUGACUUUCAAAGUUUUUAUCUAUGCGUGCUUCUGGAAAUUUGUAUUGUUUAAAAGGCAAGAGAAACGGAGAUAAUGUAUCGUUAUAAUUACAAAUUCUACAGUUUUGCAUUUUUUUUUAUGUCUACAACUAAAGCUGCAUUUUUAAAACUGUCCGCGUAAAACGUAAGUAAGAAACAUAAAGAUCUAAGAGAUAUUUGAGAAACAAAUUAUUCAAUUCUAUUCUCUUAUUUCUCUGUGCAAUUUAAAAAAAAAAAAAAACCCAAGCACGCGAAAGAUAUAAUUUGAAAGUUACGUUGUUAGAUAUUUAUGACGAGGAACACUAUCAAGCUGAAUAACUUGAUAUCAAGACUGAAGACGCGAUUGCGCCGUUAUAGGACAUUAGUCAAGUAAGUUAGCGUACGUAGCGUACGUAUAUGUGUAAAACUAUUGUUACUGGACGUUAUAAUAAUGUUAUUACGCGUUCGCACAGUCAGGUCUUAAAAGCCUGUGGCUUGUAAGAUGAUUACGCUACCAUAUACCGGAUACAUUAUAUUUUUACGAGUGUGUAAAACCUCGUACACUCAUCAGAAAGAUGUCACAAGUAUUUUUUAUUGUACUUUUACUUAUUAAACUCGCACGAUUCAUUCGAUAAUAAUCCGCUUGAGAGUAUUAAAUAAAAAAGAUAACGCUGACUAAAAAAAAG